AUGGGGUACAUGAAUACAGAGAAGAAAUGGGUAUUUCCUCUUGUUAUAAGUUCAUUGCUCUGUGUUUUCCUUCUUGCAAACUCCUUCAAUAUGGGGCUUGUGUCAUCAUUGCGGACACUGUUCAAUCAUACCAAUGUUUACUUUGAGGCAAAGGUUAAUCAAGCUCCACCGCCUUCUGCUCUUCCUUCCAUUCCAAAGUUCGCUUAUUUGGUUUCUGGGUCAAGGGGCGAUUUAGACAAGCUUUGGAGGACACUUCACACACUGUAUCAUCCAUGGAAUUAUUAUGUCCUUCAUUUGGAUCUUGAAUCACCUCCCAAGGAGAGACAGGAACUCAGUUCUCGAGUGGAAAAUGAUCCUGUUUUUUCCAAGGUUGGGAAUGUGUAUGUGAUUACCAAAGCGAAUAUGGUUACCUAUAGAGGACCUACAAUGGUAUCUAAUACUCUUCAUGCAUGUGCAAUUCUUCUAAAACAACGUAAAGAUUGGGAUUGGUUUAUUAACCUCAGUGCUUCAGAUUAUCCCUUGGUGACUCAAGAUGAUCUUAUGUACACAUUUUCCAAUAUAAGCCGUAAACUGAAUUUCAUAGAGCACACAAGCAAUUUAGGAUGGAAAACGCAUGGAAGGGGAAUGCCAUUGAUAAUAGACCCUGGAUUGUACCAAAAAAACAAGUCUGAUAUAUUUUGGGUCGCACCUGGGAGAACCUUGCCUACUGCAUUCAGAUUGUUCACUGGUUCAGCUUGGAUGAUCCUAUCGCGUCAAUUUGUGGAGUAUUGCAUAUGGGGUUGGGAUAAUCUUCCGAGAACCCUACUCAUGUAUUACUCAAAUUUUGUGUCCUCCCCAGAAGGGUAUUUUCAGACUGUUAUCUGCAAUUCUCCAGAAUUUAAACCGACUGUUGUCAACCACGACAUGCACUAUAUUUCCUGGGAUUUCCCCCCCAAACAACAUCCCCAUACCCUCUCCAUUAACGAUACUGCAAAAAUGAUCGAUAGUGGCGUUCCAUUUGCACGAAAGUUCAAGAAGGAUAGUAGAGUAUUGAACAAAAUUGAUAGAGAAUUACUCGGUCGAAGAAAUGGGAGUUUCACACCUGGUGGAUGGUGCAAAGGCAAGCCUCGCUGCGCCAAGGUAGGUAAUCCAACCAUACUCAAACCAGGUAGAGGCGCACAGAGGCUUCAGCAACUAAUGAAUAAACUGCUGACAGCUAAGGUACUAAUUAGUAAUGCAGAUACCAAAUCCGAAGAUUCAGAUGAUCAAUCAGGAUCAUCUCGCGGUCUAGUCCUGCUUACAACUAUUCCAUUGCUAUAUAACGAGGCCCAAAUCUGCAGAUUAUAG